AUGUCGGCUUCAGCUCCCCAGUCCAAUUCUAGACCUUCGUCCCGCGGUCGCGAAACCUAUCGACCGACGACACCUCUUCGCGAAAAUUCACGUUCACGCGACUCCGUAAACCGUUUCCGCGACUCUCAUACUACUUUCACGCCAAUUGAAAGCAUAACGCCCUUUUUUGCAGAGCUCGAAGAUGGCCUCAAUAUCCUCCACGACAACUUGAUGCAGCUGCAGCAGAUCCACGAGAAUAUCAACAGGUUCAACGAGAGUUUUAGUGCUAUGAUAUAUGGGAUGGAGAUGAAUGCUUUCUGUGUCGAUUUCCCAGAGGCACCGAUACCGCAGUCAUUCAGAAGAGAAGAAGAAGCUGCAAGAGAAGCUGAACGAUUAGCUGCUCUACAGCCAGCUCCCAGGGCAGACCAUGAUGCAGAGACGACGUUUAUGACCAACGAUACUUUCGUAGAUCAGCCCGUCACGCCCGCCGCAUCAAGAGACCCGAAGACGCCUAAUCGCAGAGGUAGAGGGAAUAUCCCAGGCACUACACGUGGUGGAGGGCGAGGUGGCACAGGAAGGGGAAGCAGAGGUCUCAAUAUAUCUGCCUUCCCAGAUUCUUGUGCGACUGCGUCAAACGAACUUCUUUACACCCAACAUUCUGUCUCUUUGGCCUUUUGCUAUUCAGCGUUUACAUAUUUGCAUUGUCAUAUACCCCCAAUGAAGUACUUCGAGGACCUAAACAGUGUCCGGAAUUGGCAACCGGAUAGUUCGAGAGAAGGAGAGGCAUCUGAUAUUGCAAAUGUACCACUCCAAGAGCGUCAGCUUCUAGAGGAGCGGGACCUGUUCAAGCUACUAGCGUGCCAUGAUUUUAAGGGGGGAUACCAACCCUACGAAGACAGCCAGGGGAUCCUCUCCGAGGAGCCUGUGUAUACUCUCGAGUACCUUCACCUUGUCUCCACUUUUGUCUACUUCUCCCACCACCGAGUAACCAUACCACCCGCACCAUGGAUAAAUGUUAUGCACAAGAAUGGCGUUCGGAUCUUAGGAACGUUUAUUGUGGAGCCUGGAAGUACAACUGGAUUUAGUGAUUUAUUGGAACGGGAUGCCAAUGGAACGUUUAUAUUUGUGGAAAAACUGGCGGGUAUAGCUGAAUACUACGGCUUCGAUGGGUGGCUUUUGAACUUUGAAGAGCAUUUCCCGGACACAACAUUUAAUCUAGAGACGACGCUCAAGUUUAUCGAAGAAUUGAGAAAAGAGUCUGAUAGGCGGGUAAAAGGGAGCGAGAUUGUUUGGUUAGUUUCCCCUCGAAGUUUUUCCAAAUACAGCUGGUCACUAAUCUCGACCUCGAUGCCUGGAAGGUACGAUUCUCUAACAAUCUAUAAUCGAGUUGUAUACGUCAAUGGAUUGUCACCAUUGAAUGCUCCCUUUUUUGACGUCUCUUCAGCACUCUUUACUAACUACCGAUGGAACCCUCUGGCGCAACUUCUAACCACUGCGGCUUUGUCCAAAGUCAUGCAUAGAAACCACGACGUCUACAUGGGCAUCGAUGUCUUUGGUCGAGGCACAUUCGGUGGCGGAGGCUGGGGUACCGGUACUGCCCUUUCGGUAAUCCGGCCAGCCGGACUUUCAGCAGCUAUCUUCGCCCCCGGAUGGGUAUUUGAGAAUUUCGAUGGCCAAAAUUUCGAAGAGAGAAAUCGAAAGUUUUGGAUAAACGGAGGCGCAACUGAUACAGAGCUUAUUUGCAGGCCGGUUGCUGAAUUCGCACCAGUCUGGGAAGCUGGGACCGAAGCAUUCUUCUAUACGGAUUUCAAUAGGGGAUAUGGUAAGAAGUGGUUUCAGAGUGGAAGGGAGAUAUCAGCGAGACCGUGGGUACACGUCGGGGCUCAGGGUGUUUUACCAUCAUUCUAUCCUGGUGAUACAGACCUCUUAGUGUGGAAACUUGACAAUGAGGUUGCCUAUAAUGGAGGGCAUUCACUUCAAAUUGUUCAUAAGGCCGCAGCUGGGGCAGAUGCAAAACUCUCUUCGUGUAAACUGUACCAGUUUAACAUGACGUAUAAACGAGACUUGCAGUUCUCGUUCUCAUACACUCUAGAGGCAGCACAGAAAGGCAGGGUGGCGGUAUAUUUCAUCCUAAAGCGGUUCAACGGGGUUACUGAGCGACAUGAAGUUGGGCUGCCAGUACAAGAAGGCUGGGGCAUCAAAACAGUAACCUUAGAUGUGGGUAAAACAGAUGAAGAGAUAUUCGGGACGAAAGUGGUGGAAUUGGGAAUUGCAUAUAUACACCCAGAGGCGUCUGCAGAGCCAGAAACAACAAUCCUUAGAUUGGGGCAUAUAUGCUUAUCUGGAUAUCCCGAACCAAAACUUCCGGGGGUAAGCAAGAUCUCGUCUGCUAUUUUGGCGAGUGGGAAGCAACAGUUGAAUUGGGUAUUAGACUAUUCAGGGUUUUCACCAUCGGAGGGUUCACAACUUGGUGUUAAAAGCAAAGUAACUGGAGAAUUUGCAUACUUCUUGGUAUACAAAGGGCUCGGGGAGCUUCUAGGAAUUUCGCACUGUUUGGGGUUUAUCACCGGUGUGGAAGCCGGUAGUGAUAAUAGCACGUACCGAGUUGAUGGGAUUUCCUUUGACGGGCGAGUAGUUAAAGGGGCGUGGUUUUAA